GUCGUCGUGUAGCGCGGCGCUCCGCCAGCUGCUAUGCUGGGGUUGGCGGCGCUCAGCAGCUACCAGCUGAUGCAGCGCGCCGUGCUCGCUCGCCGCGGCGCAGUGUUUAUAGCGCGUGCGCCGGGCGCUGACGGCAGUCGUCUGGCAGCGACAGCUCUGCCGGUGACGGCACACGCUGCUGCUGCAGAAACUGGACAAGGGCCUGCUUGGGCUCCUGGUCCUGGAUCGGUACGCCGGCUCAGUCACCUGAUGACGGCGGCGCAAAGCGUGACCUACCCGCCCUACAGCCGGCCCAGCAGGCGGACGGAGAGGCCCGCCCGGGCCCAGUGCCGCACGGAGAGGCGGUGGCGCUGGAGGCCAACACCCCGGCUCGCGACCUGUAGCUGACGGUGCUGGAGCCGCGAGUCACCGUGUUGGCUGGCCAUGGAGACUUGGAAAAGGCCGGUGAGGUGCGUCUCCAGCUGCGCUGUCAGACGAUCCAGUGGAACGAGCAGCAGCCCAUGUACCCGUCCCGGCUGUGCCGGUGUGUCUCCCAGCUUGAGCGGCGCCGGCCGACCGCUGCGCUGCUCUACAACUGCCACGUCCACACACGAUGCACGGUGACGGCUGACCAGGCGGUGCUGGUCUCGACCUGUCAGCUGGACGGCCGGCCCGUGCUGGCCGCGCCCCAGGCGGCCGACGCGCCGGCUCCCGGCGGCGGCGGCGAGCGGGCGGUACGGGCGCUGCUGCAGCUGCCGACAGCUGCCGCCGCCGCGGACAGCUGCCCGCUGCUGGUGGUCGUCUCCGAGCCGGCCCUGCUCUGCUGGCAGCCGGCACUGCUGCUCUGGCUGUCCCUGGCCACUCAGCUGGCCAGCAGCUGAGUGGCCCGGCGCCGCCGCCACUACCCCAGCCGCCCGAGCCGCCGCCGCCGCCGCCAUGGAUGUGCCCCGGCCGCAAGGACACUCGGGUACCUCGCGAUCGGCACGGAGCCAGACCACGGAGAGGAACCUACCCGCAGUGUCACCCAACACCUCCGCUGCGGCGGCCGUCUCCCCCACUCCGCCGGCGCCGCCCGCCGCUCCGACUUUGGCCUGGCUGCCGGCCCUGGAGCGUCUGGAGGUGCGCCUUCAGAUCAGCGCGGUCACCGUCACCGUUCCGGCCGGUCCAGAGAGCGGCGGCGGGGCGGCCGGGGACGCGGAGCGGACGGCGGACCCGCUCCCGGCCGCGGCCGGCCACCACCCGGCGCCGGUACCGGGCCGGGUCCGCAGCAGCAGCGACUCGGGCCACCGGUGCUGCCUGCACGGACAGCUGGUCUCUGUGCUGCCGUCAGUCCGACUGGACAGCGCUGCGCUCAAAUCGGCCGCCCUGCCGACAGUGCCGGAGGUGCCCGUCCGACUCACCAGACCUUCAGCGGCCGCAGCCGGCUCCCAGCUGCGCUCGCCGAGCCAGACGCAGCAGGUGAUGUCGCCGUCGGUCGUGGUGCGCGACUGUGCGUCCAUCCCGUGUCCAACGCCCCCCCCCCCCCCCACACCGCGCGCUGCUGCCGGGCCCGCCGUCGUAGUUUUAUGGCCUUGCGCCGUCAGUCGCCAGCUGGUGGUGGCGACCCGUGAUCGCUCGCGUACGUUCGCCGGCGCGCCCAUUGCAGAGAAGGGGUUCGCGCAUGCCCAUUGUAGAGGGGCGCGCCCCUUGCGGAGGCGGUACGCGCUACGCUGUAGACAGUAAUGCUUGUUGGGUAGCCCCUUUGCACAUUGUUUGUUCAUGGAUGUAAAUACAAGUUACAUGACUGAU